AUGGCGUCCGCGACUGGCAGCAUAUUCAGCCGCAAUUCCAACCAAGGCAAUGUACCUACCAUGCGCGGAUUGGUGUCAUUCAUUGCAGAUUUACGAAAUGCCAGAGCAAGAGAACUGGAGGAGAAACGAAUCAAUAAGGAGUUGGCAAAUAUACGGCAAAAGUUUCGAGAUGGGAAUAUGAAUGGCUACUCCAGGAAGAAAUACGUUUGCAAGCUUUUAUACAUAUAUAUCCUUGGCUGGAAUGUCGACUUUGGCCAUCUCGAAGCCGUAAAUCUAAUUUCUGCGACGAAAUACUCUGAAAAACAGAUUGGGUAUCUCGCUGUUACUCUGUUCCUUCACGAACAACACGAGCUGUUACAUCUGGUCGUCAAUAGUAUACGGAAGGACUUGAUGGAUCAUAAUGAGCUUAACAAUUGUCUAGCGCUGCAUGCGAUCGCGAACGUUGGCGGCAAAGAAAUGGGAGAGUCGUUGAGUGCGGACGUCCAUCGACUAUUAAUAUCACCGACGUCGAAGGCGUUUGUAAAGAAAAAGGCGGCCUUAACAUUGCUACGACUGUUCCGCAAAUACCCUGCAAUCGUACAGCUCGAAUGGGCAGAGCGCAUCAUCUCAUUGAUGGACGACCCGGAUAUGGGAGUGGCGCUGUCGGUCACAUCUCUCGUCAUGGCUCUGCUACAGGAGAGCCCAGACCAAUACAAAGGAAGCUAUGUAAAGGCUGCUCGAAGACUUAAAGCUAUAGUGGUGGACAACGAAUGCUCUGCAGACUAUCUGUACUACAAAGUGCCGUGCCCAUGGAUACAGGUAAAGCUCUUGAAGAUAUUGCAGUACUAUCCACCAUCCCAGGACACACAUAUUCGCAACCUAAUUCGAGAAUCGCUGCAGGCCAUCUUGACGGCUGCCAUGGAAAUGCCCAAGAACGUCCAGCAAAAUAACGCUCAGAAUGCUGUUCUAUUUGAGGCCAUCAACGUCAUCAUCCAUCUCGAUACGGAGCACGAAUUGAUGGCAUCGGUUGCGUCCAAGCUUGGGAAAUUUAUACAGUCUAGAGAGACAAAUGUGCGAUAUCUUGGUUUAGAAGCCAUGACUCACUUGGCUGCACGAUCUGAAACUCUUGGGCCGCUCAAGGAGAAUCAGAGCAUCAUCAUUGGAUCUCUUCGGGAUCGCGAUAUCAGUGUUCGUCGCCAGGGAUUAGACUUGCUCUACAGCAUGUGUGAUGCAACCAACGCCCAGCCAAUCGUAGCAGAGUUGCUAAAGUAUCUGCAAUCCGCAGACUAUGCGAUUCGAGAAGAGAUGGUCUUGAAGAUUGCGAUCUUGACUGAGAAAUACGCAACUGACAUACAGUGGUAUGUGGACAUCUCGCUUCGUCUUAUUGCGAUGGCCGGAGACCACGUCAGCGACGAAGUCUGGCAACGCGUUACUCAGAUUGUCACCAAUAAUGAGGAGUUGCAGGUCUAUGCAGCACAGCAUAUACUUCAAUACAUCAAGAAGGACUGCCACGAAACUCUCGUAAAGAUUGGUGGCUACUUGCUUGGAGAGUUUGGACAUCUCAUUGCGGAUAGCAAAGGCUGUAGUCCUAUUGAACAGUUCAUGGCUCUGCAAGCGAAGCUUCGAGGGUGCUCUUCGGGCACGCGGGCCAUCAUCUUGUCCUCCUUCAUCAAGUUUGUCAACCUGUUUCCAGAAAUCAAGCCCCAACUCCUGCAAGUAUUCCGCGCAUAUAGUCAGACGCUGGAUUCAGAGCUUCAGCAGCGAGCGUGUGAGUAUCUCACUUUGGCCACAUUGCCUACGGAUGAUCUACUUCGCACAGUUUGCGAUGAGAUGCCUCCUUUUCCAGAACGUGCAUCGGCUCUGCUGUCUCGGCUACAUCAGAAGCACGGAAAUACCAGCGACAAGCGGACUUGGGUCGUUGGUGGGCGCGAUGCAAAUGCGGAUCCAAAGGAGUUCAACCUUGUGCAACAUACUGGACUCAAACGGUCCUUCACACAGCACGCCCCCAAUGCUAAUAACACGUCGAGAGAACCAACUAACGGUACGAACGGUGCUCAUCAGAAUGGCAACAGCGAUCUGGCUGGUCUGGACAUGAACGUCGACACUAACAAAGUGCUCGUGACACCCAACCUAGCCAGUGCGGCCCAUCUCAGUCCUGACUGGGAGAUCGGCUACAAUCGUCUACUGCUGAAGAGGGAGGGCGUGCUGUACGAAGACAAUCAGAUACAGGUUGGCAUCCGCAGCGAAUACAGGCAGGAACUUGGCUGCAUUGUCAUGUACUUUACUAACAAGUCAUCCUUUGCCAUGGGCUCUUUCACCACGACUCUAGACAAUAGGUCUUCAGAGAAUUUGACGACGGACACAAAAACGCUUCCAGAAACCACAAUUCAUCCAGAUGGUCAAACGCAGCAGAUGACGAUGUUCGAGGCGAAGAAUGUCUUUGAGCAUCCACCCACUAUCAGAAUCUCGUACCUAGCUGGCGCUCUUCAAGCUCUAACCUUGCAGCUUCCUGUAGUCAUUCACAAGUACAUGGAGGAUACGAAACUUGACGCGGAGAACUUCUUUAAGAGGUGGAAGCAGAUUGGAGGCGCACCUCGCGAGGAGCAACGAAUAUUUGGACUCGUUGAUAAGAGACGGACUGCAAACAUGACAUUCACCAGGAAGGUGGUCGAAGGUUUUGGGUGGGGCAUUCUUGAUGGCGUAGAUCCCAACCAGAAGAAUUUAGUUGGCGCCACUAUUCUGCAUACGACAGCAGGCAAAUAUGGAUGUUUGUUGCGGCUGGAGCCCAAUUUUGAAACAAAUAUGUUCCGACUGACUAUUCGCGCGACUGAUGAUGCUGUACCAGGACCUCUGGCUAAGUUAAUGGAGCAAAGAUUGUCACAGGGUAUUGAAGCGCAUCCUCAGUAG